AUGCAGUCAGCACGAGUUGAGAUUGGUGGAGCUUUUCCUGCAACAUCCAGACGCGAGUUCUCAGCAAAAAGAGAUGCAAACAAAUCCGCUUUCUCUUUUGCGGAAUGGGCCAGUGAUCCAUCAGUCCUCAGCAAUGGUGGAAGUGACGGCCGACAAAAGUUAGAUUCAACGGCUUUUGCCAGGGACCAAAACGCUUUGCUCCCAGAAGGCGAGCGCUCAGUAUUACGAGUACACCUAGUCGAACAGUUGCCGGUGGUCGAUACAGCGAGUGUACGGCCGCUUGUAGUUAACGCGAAGAUCGGCGAUAAUUUUUGCACUGUGUCCGCGGCGGUGGGCGAGCGCGCACCGCUCCGGACCGGACCUGACCGUUCCGUACCGUAUUGGACCGCACCGGAACGUGCCUUGUUGUUGGCGAAGUCGCUGCAACAAAUGGAAAAGAAAGACCUAAAAGACGCGGCUGCGCGGCCCCCGCUCGGGAGGCGGGUGAGACGAGCGAUGAGCGCCCUCGGCGCGGCCGGCGCCCUGCGGCGCUCGCACGCCGUCGCGUUCGUGGCGCUGGCGGCGCUGCUGCUGCUGCUGCUGGCGCGCUCGGCGCCGCCCCCGCCGCCGCGCCCGCGCCCCGCGCCCCUCUCGCUCCCCGCGUCCGCCCCCACGCCGCCGCCCGCCCCCGCCGCCGCCGACGGCACGCGCGCGCCCAACUCCUCGGCGACGGCCGUCAACGCGACGUCGCCCGCGCCCGCCCGCGCGGCCGCCCGCCCGCCCGGCGCGGUGCUGACGCGCGAGCUGUACGAGGCGGGGCACGCGCGGCCGCACCCCGAGCUGUGCCCGGCGCUGGGCGCGCGCCUGCGCCUGCUGGUGCUGGUGUCGUCGGCGCCGGCGCACGCGGCCGCGCGCCUGGCCGUGCGCCUCACGUGGGGCCACUUCGCGGCGCGGCGCGACGUGGCGCUGGCCUUCGUGCUGGGCGCGCCGCCCGCCGCGCUGCGGCCCGCGCUGGACGCCGAGGACGCGCUGUACGGCGACCUGGUGCAGGGCCGCUCCGUGGACUCGUACUCCAACCUCACGCUCAAGACGCUGUCCAUGCUGGAGUGGGCGGACACGUACUGCCCGCGCGCGCCGCACGUGCUCAAGACGGACGACGACAUGUUCAUCAACGUGCCGCGCCUGCUGGCCUUCGCGGCCGCGCGCGCCAACGAGACGCGCUCCGUGUGGGGCAAGGUGGUGCGCAAGUCGCUGCCCAAGCGCACCACCAAGUCCAAGUACUACGUGUCGCCGCUGCAGUUCCCGGGCAAGGUGUUCCCCGACUUCGCCACCGGGCCCGCCUACCUGCUGUCGGCGGACUGCGUGCGGCCGCUGCUGCGCGCGGCGGGGGCGGAGCCCUACCUGCGCCUGGAGGACGUGUUCGUGACGGGCGUGCUGGGCGCGCGCCUGGCGCUGCGGCGGCGCCACGCGCCCGAGUUCUACAACAAGAAGGUGGCCGCGCACCCGUGCGCCGUGCAGCGCGGCAUCGCCAUCCACAUGGUGCAGUUCCACGAGCAGUUCGACCUGUGGCGCAAGCUGCUGGACGGCAAGACCAAGUGCAAGAGCUAG